AUGGACAACUUUUUAAGAUUCAACUUUGGACCUCAAUGGCAAUUACGACUACACAAUGAUGGUACUAUUCAUUCAAGACGAAGUCUUCAUCCAACUCUUAAUAAAAAUAAACUAGCUCAUUGUCUUGCCCAACUCCCAUUCCUGGCAAACCGUUAUACACUCCGAUCACAUCAGCACCUUUGCCUUAUUGAACAAGUCGAUCUUCAGGAAGAACUCAACACUCGUUUGGCUGAAACACUUUCUGAUUGUUGUAACAAUAUGUUUCCUUCUUCUUUACCAUCCUCAUCAAAAUCAUCCGGUAGCAAGUUAUCGGCUUUUUUUUCUUCUUCUUCUACUCCUCCUCCAUACUCUUCUUCUCGUCGUACCCAAAAUAAUAGUUCUGGUCAUCAACAGCAAGAACAAGAACAACAAUUACAACUUCAACAGCAACAACUAUUAAAAGAACAUUAUGACAAAGGAAAUCACACAGAAAUGGAUUCUUCUCUCGGAAACUGGAAUCAUGCUUUUCUUUUUGCUCGGGAAAAGAUUGUAGUACAUUGUUGCAAUAAGGAUCAAUAUCAGAACAACCCUAUUACAAAUGAACUAUUGUAUUAUUUGAAAAUCUUGGUAGCUGAUUACAUUUGUGAAGGCUAUGAUUAUGAUUCUAAAGAAUCUCAUUUGAAACAACAACAUGAAGCUAGUGAACCUCAAGCAAUCACACACAGUACAACGACGCAUGGCAGCACUUCAACCGAUGAUGAAAUGAUAUCACCAUCCACCUCAUCACCCACAUUAUGUACAUCCUCUUCAUCAAACAUCUCAUCAAAUCAAAAAGCAUCUUCAUUCUCUUAUUUAUAUGACUCAAGUGCACCGUCACCAUUUAAAAUCCAUACAAAAUCAGCCAUCACGCAGGUGACACCUUCUAUUACAACUAUACCAUCAAUAUCAUGGAGCAACCCACCACCUCUUGUACAUUCGUAUUUACUCUCUCGACUACCGAAAGGUCAUCAAGGUAGAACACCAACGACAAGUAGGUCAUCUACGCCAACUCGGGAUAUGGAUGACGAUCUUCUCAAUGAGAUGACAGCUGCAAUCAGAGUAACAUCGUUAACCCCAAGCUUGGAUCACCAUUAUCACCAACACAACAACAACAAUGAUACCCCAUUACCUCCCAAUGCAAAAGCACUUUACCGCCAAUACGUUCCAAGCUCCUCUUCACCCACAUCACCAUCUUUAUCAACAGUUUCACUCAACAACAACAAUAGUAGUAGUAACAAUAAUAAUAUGGCAUAUCUUUCCAGUAGUGUUCCUUCACAUGCUCUUACCAACAUUUCUGUGAAUUCUGUCAAUUAUAAUCGGUACCAGAAUAUGCAUGAUGAAUUUCCUGCAACUGAUAGACCUAUUGCAAGACGUGCUUCAGCCAAUUCAUCCCCUGUUGGAAGAUCAAGACGUCAAAGUAUGGUAGAUCAGCAUCAACAACCUUAUCCGAAUUUGAUCAAAUAUACUACACAGAGUGAAGCAAGCGAUGAUAGUAGUCAAGAUGAGCAAGAACAACGACAAGUACAAAAACUACAGCAACAGCGGGAACGACAACAACGACAGCAACAACAACAGCAACAGCAACUACAGAGACAACGAGGUACAGUCAAGAUGGUUCGACGUUGGGUAAAGCAUGGCAAUCGAAUUAUUAUGACUCGUAUUUGUCUUUCUCAAAUUACUGAUGGGUUAGUAGCUAUCCUUUUGUUUUCUGAUGAGACACUACCUUCAUCUGUACUUGCUUCCUUGUCGUCGACGAAAUCUUUACAAUAUCAUCAACGACAACGACAACAACAUCAACAAAUGAAACAAUUCACGUCAUCAUUACGGUUUGGACUUCAAGACUUCACUUCAUUUUUACUGACCAAAGAAAGUGUGCACUUUACAAUCUUGUCUUUUGCUGCCAACUAUCCUGGGCUUGUUCAUUUUAUCCAUAUCAAGAAAGGUGUUGUAUCUUCUCCUCAAUUGGUGGAUCUGAAUGAAUUGGACAAACAUCAUGAAAUUUUAUAUGAAAUUUACGAAAGGUAUGAUGUGAAGCCGACUACUACCAUGGAUACAUUGAUUGGCAAAUGGCGUUGGCCUAGUGUGUCACGAUUGAAGAAAUUAUGUGGUGAUAUGUUGGCUUGUGGACUUUCUUCAAGAUUAGCACCUCCGAAGAUUCGAACGUUACAACAUCCUACUGAUCAUCGACAAGGAUUUCAAUUUUUAUAUCUUUCUGGGCGACAACAACAAUUAUUACGCCAACAUCAUCGUCAUCAUCGUCAUCAUCAUCAUCAUCAUCAUCAUCGGUUUCUUCACCAUUAUCAUCAUCAUCAGCAACAACAACAUCAACAAGAACAAGAACAACUAGUAGAUCAAGAUCAUCAAGAUGAACUUUUGGCUGUUUACUUUAGUUUUGUACCGAGUGAUAGAAUUUGGGCCAUGCAUCAACAGUUGUUAUCAGAUGUUAGUCAACGUCAUUUUAUGAAAUAA